GUUAAAAUAAUACAGCUGACGCAAAUGACGUUUAUGAAUAUUUGCAAAACAAAGGCGUAUUUCCAUUAUUUUAUGAUAAAUGGUUGAUAAUUAAAGGUGAAACAAUUACGUAGUGAUUCAUUCAAAGAUGGCUAAUGCACUAACCUAUGACGAUCUGAGGAAACAGGCUAGGAGUUUAGAAAACGAGAUCGAUUUGAAGUUGGUGGCAUUCAGCAAAUUAGGAGCAGGUUUGAAGACUCCACAUAGCAGUCAUGCUUCUGACACAGUUCCACUUCUUUCUGGUGAAGAUACCUUUGAAACAAUGUCACUUGAAAUCGAGCAGCUUCUCAAGAAGUUAACACAAAUCAACGAACAUAUGGCCGAACAACCAGUGUCAGGUGCAGCUAUGCUACACACUAUUCAGCGUCACAGAGACAUACUGGCUGAUCUAUCUAAAGACUAUAGAAAAACAAAUUCUCAACAUGAAAGUCGUAGGGAAAGGGAAGAUCUUUUGCAUAGGAAUUCAGAUAAUUUUCGAACAGAAGGAAUCAAUAAUAGGAGGGAUAUCUAUUUGAAAGAGAAUCAGCAUAUCCAUAAUUCAGAUAGAUUAGUAAACGACCAGAUUUCGAUAGCAAUGGAAACCAGAGAUCAUCUUCAGAGCCAAAGACAGACAUUUAAGAGGUUGCAAACAAGAUUUAAUGACAUGUCGAACAAAUACCCACUUAUAAAUAGUCUGAUUCAACGUAUAAAUUUGAGAAAACGAAGGGAUUCUAUAAUUUUAGGGUUAGUGGUUUCCUUAUGUACUUUUUUGAUUUUGUUAUACAUCUUUCAUUGAGACUGAAUGAUGUAACACACAUCAAUUGAGGCUUGUUUUAUGUAGAUGGUGGUAUUUUAAAACCAAAGUUGACAAAUUCUCAUACUGGGUUCAUGUGGAAAUUUAUUAGUUUCUGAUAAAUUGAAAAUGGAGGUGACUUUUCAGUAUGUUUUAAACAAAGUCAUUUUUUGGUUCUUGUCUAUUCUAUUGUAAAACUAUUUAUUAGCAAUAAACUUAUUUUAUUACUGAUCUA